CGGGUCUCGAGUACCCGGGGAGCGACCGCCGGGACAUUCGGAUCCCGGCGGAGAAUAUUCCAUGGCGACGUCGCUGCCGGCGCACGCGCUGGGAGACGUGUUGGAUUGGUGGGAGGAGGUGAACAACUCUACCCUGUGGCAGGACCGCAUCUUCCACGCCCUCGCCGCCCUCUUCGGACUUGUUUCCGCUGUCGCUCUCAUACAAUUGGUUAGAACCGAGUUCAGAGUGCCAGAGUUUGGUUGGACGAUACAGGUCUUUCAUUUCUUGAAUUUCCUGGUGAAUGGAGUCAGAUCACUUGUCUUCAUUUUUCUUCGGGGCGUCCAACAAAUAAAGCCUGAGAUCGCCCAACAUAUUCUUCUCGAUUUGCCUGAUCUUGCAUUCUUCACUACCUAUGCACUUUUGGUACUGUUUUGGGCUGAAAUAUAUUACCAUAUUUAUUUGAUAUCUACUGAUGGCCUUAUACCAUGUUUCUAUACAAUUAAUGCAAUGGUUUAUGCUAUCCAGGUUGCACUUUGGUUGCUCUUAUGGUGUAAGCCCAUCCAAGCGAUAGUUAUCCUAUCCAAGAUCUUCUUUGCAGGUGUUUCUUUGUUUGCUGCCAUUGGAUUUCUUUUAUAUGGAGGGAGGCUCUUCUUCAUGCUGAAACUCUUCCCUGUUGAAUCAAAAGGGCGACGGAAAAUGUUACAAGAGGUUGGCUAUGUUACCACUGUCUGUUUCUUAUGUUUCAUGUCACGAUGUAUUAUGGUGUGGUUCAAUGCCUUUGAUAAGGCUGCAGACAUUGAUGUUCUAAACCAUCCAAUUCUGAACUUCAUAUUCUACUUGCUUGCUGAAAUUAUUCCUUCAUCCCUAGUCCUUUUCAUUCUAAGAAAACUGCCACCUAAGCGGAAGAUUACUCAAUACCACCCACUCUACUGAUCCAGGAAUUAUGUGCCUUUAUCCAUUUUGAGUUCCCCGUAAGAAACAUAGAUUGUUUUGCAAAGUUAAUGUUCCAUCAUUCUAAUCUACAACAAGGGGUCCGGAAAAGCUGCAACUAUCAGGGUUUGUCAUGCGCUUGCAAUUUGCUCCUGAGAGGCUGUUGAUCAUUGGGAAUAUUAUCAAGGUCUGCAUAGAAUCUCAACUCUGUAGCAAUGAUCCAUUAAGUUUCAUUUCAUUGUGCAUACACAAUCUUGAACUCUGCUAAUAGUCUGUGGUUAAUAUAGUCUACUUCUACCUGUGAACUCAACUAUCUCAGAAUACUUAUGCAAGAUCCCUUAAUUAUCUCAGUAUUACUUUGCUUCAGUAUUGUUUAUUGUUGCAGAUGAUCAAAGCAAUACACAUGCAGAUAAUUCAUUGAGUUACCUUUGGUAAGUUUGCUAUCUUAGCUUCUCAUCUAAGUCAAAAUGCUUAUUUUGCAUGAAUGUGAAAGCAUGUAAUAUGUUUCACUUAUGAAUUAAAGAAAUCCAGUAAUUUGAUAUUUAUCUGACAAUGUUGUUAGUGUCUCUUGAAUUUUUAUCCACUCUGUAUACUCACCUAAGAAUCAGGUAUUCAUUGUGUGCAUAAAAUUCUUCUUUUCAGAUUUUAGUUUGAAAUCCCCAUAUGUGUCAAUUAUGUUGUCAUGCUACUGCAAAUAUAAUAUGGUGAGUGAGACGCAUGAUGUCAAACCGGAUUGGACACUGUGAUCAAACCGAUUUAUAUCGUCUGGUAUUUAGAACCCAUGAUCAAAAUUAUAGUGCAAUGAACAUUAUAAUAUAAAGAGAGAGUAUUCACAUACCGUCUGUAGUUGGAACAAAGUGCAGGAUUCAUCUGGAGAGCUGUUCGACCAGAGCUUGGGCAAAUCAAAUGUGCUCGAGGUAUGGCAUUUACAUCCCUCUACUCAAGUUGAAUGUUUGGUCAUGUAUCUCGUUUCAACUUCCACUCAACGUUGUCUGCUUUGCCCCUUUGGCGCUCUACAGUUGAGUUUUUUGCCAUUUCUGUGGUCCAUUUGACCUUGA